GAGAGAGAGACCUGGUUUCUCCAUCACUAAUCUCAGUCCUGGCAAUGCACUCACUCUAUGAGAGCAAUUAGAUUCAGAAACGUUUCCAGUGCCUCUGCAAUGAGUCAUUGAAACAUCUUCUGUGGUGAUAAAGCCGCAUCUCUUUUCUCCCCUUCCACACACACACACACACACUCACACACUAACACAGGAGGUGUAGUUGGGCUGUCGUCAGUGCAUCGGGACUGCGCUUCUUACUUUGGAUUUGCAGAGCAGGAGGCUGGACGUGGACUUUAUUGUGUUUUUCUGUGUAUUAGCUGAAGUCGGGACUUACAUAAAGGAGUCAGACGGUGGAGAUACAGGCGGAGGAUAUCUCAUCAAGCUGGAGCCCAGGUGACCCAAUAGCAUCCUAAACUCCUCUCCUGUUCUGGAAGGGGGAGUCAUACAGCAACUGCAAAUGCAGGCUCUCGGAAUGGGGAGCUCUGAGAAAGCUGCUUUAUUCGGUUGGGGUUCCUUUGCUCAACUCACAGCCUGAGGAGGAACAGGAAGCAUCUUGGUGGAGGGGAGGGGUGGGGGGUGGGGUGCCAAAGACCCAAGGGUGGAUCAUAACCAUAACCAGCCAGGCUCAGGCUCAGCACAGAAGGAGCAUGUCAGUGCUCGGAGGCCCUUCCUGGAUUUGUCACUCCACGGCCAAGACCAACCUUUUGCUGUGGAUGGGGCUGGCGUCCAUCUAUGUGGCCGCCAUUCAGGCCCAGCAGCAUCCUGUGGUCACAACCAAUUAUGGAAAAUUGCGGGGAAUGAAGGUUACCUUACCCAAUGAGAUCCUGGGACCAGUGGAGCAGUAUUUGGGGAUACCGUAUGCGCUGGCCCCGACUGGGGAACGAAGGUUCCAGCCACCAGAGCCACCCAUGUCCUGGCCGAGCAUCAGGAAUGCUACUCAGUUUGCUCCGGUUUGUCCUCAGUUCUUAGAGGACCGCUUUUUGCUCAAUGAUAUGCUCCCUGUGUGGUUCACCGCCAACUUGGAUACAGUGGUAACCUAUGUGCAGGAGCAGAGCGAGGACUGCCUUUAUCUGAACAUCUACGUCCCCACAGAAGACGACAUCCAUGAUGAGAACGGGUUAAAGCCAGUCAUGGUUUACAUCCAUGGAGGCUCCUACAUGGAGGGAACCGGCAACAUGAUUGAUGGCAGCAUCCUGGCCAGCUAUGGAAACGUCAUUGUCAUCACAAUCAACUACCGGCUUGGAGUUCUGGGGUUUCUAAGCACAGGAGACCAGGCAGCCAAGGGCAACUACGGCCUGUUGGAUCAAAUCCAGGCUCUCAGGUGGAUAAAAGAAAAUAUCCAGGCCUUUAAAGGAGACCCGAAGAGAGUGACCAUUUUUGGCUCUGGUGCCGGAGCAUCGUGCGUCAGCCUGCUCACCCUUUCACAUUACUCAGAAGAUCUGUUCCAGAAAGCUAUCAUCCAGAGUGGCACAGCACUAUCCAGCUGGGCGGUCAACUACCAACCUGCCAAGUACACGCGAGCCCUGGCUGAAAAGGUGGGCUGCAACAUGCUGGACACCAUUGACCUGGUAGAGUGCCUGCAGAACAAGAAUUACAAGGAGCUGAUUGAGCAGUACAUCACACCUGCAAAGUACCACAUAGCCUUCGGGCCUGUGAUUGAUGGGGAUGUCAUCCCGGAUGACCCCCAGAUCCUCAUGGAGCAAGGAGAGUUCCUUAACUACGAUAUCAUGCUGGGCGUCAAUCAGGGUGAGGGGUUUAAAUUCGUAGAUGGCAUCGUUGACAGUGAGGACGGGGUAUCUGCCAAUGAUUUUGAUUUUGCUGUGUCAGACUUUGUGGAUCAUCUCUAUGGCUACCCAGAGGGCAAGGACACUCUGCGUGAGACCAUCAAAUUCAUGUACACAGAUUGGGCAGACAAGGAGAACCCAGAGACCCGGCGCAAGACCCUGGUGGCUCUGUUCACUGACCACCAGUGGGUGGCGCCAGCUGUGGCUACAGCUGACCUCCAUGCCCAGUAUGGCUCGCCCACCUAUUUCUACGCUUUCUACCAUCACUGUCAGAGCGACAUGAAGCCCAGUUGGGCCGACUCAGCCCACGGUGAUGAAGUACCGUACGUGUUUGGAAUCCCCAUGAUUGGCCCCACAGAUCUCUUCAACUGCAACUUCUCCAAGAAUGAUGUGAUGCUGAGUGCCGUCGUCAUGACUUACUGGACAAACUUUGCUAAAACAGGAGAUCCAAACCAACCAGUUCCACAAGAUACAAAGUUCAUCCACACAAAACCCAACCGGUUUGAAGAAGUAGCCUGGACCAAGUACAACCCCAAAGACCAACUCUAUCUUCACAUUGGUCUCAAACCUCGAGUCAGAGACCACUACCGUGCUACCAAGGUCGCUUUCUGGUUAGAACUAGUUCCGCAUCUACACAACAUUAAUGAAUUUUUUCAAUACGUAUCCACAACCACCAAGAUACCUCCGCAGGACACCACCCCCUACCCCUAUACCAAACGGUUCCCUGGCAAAAACAACUGGCCUUCCACCACCCGCCAUCCAGGUGUCCCACCUGCCAACACCAAACAGACCACUGACCAGCGCAAGAGUGGCGACCUGACUGAUGAGUCUACUGUGGUAAUCGAGACCAAGAGGGACUACUCCACUGAGCUCAGUGUCACCAUUGCAGUUGGAGCCUCCCUGCUCUUUCUGAACAUCCUCGCCUUUGCUGCACUCUACUACAAGAAAGACAAGCGAAGGCACGAGUCCAACCACCGCAUCUCCACCCCUCAGCGCAACUCUGCUCCAACCAACACGCCCUCCACCACUAAUAAUGUGGCCCACCUGCAGAGCGAGGAACUGAUGUCUCUGCAGAUGAAGCAGCAGCAGCUGGAGCACGAGCAUCACCACGAGUGUGAGUCCCUGCAGACCCAUGACACACUGCGUCUGACCUGCCCACCAGACUACACCCUCACCCUGCGCCGAUCACCUGAUGACAUACCCCUGAUGACGCCCAGCACCAUCACUAUGAUCCCCAACUCACUGGCUGGCAUGCAGCCUCUGCACAACUUCAAUACUUUCGGUGGCAGCCAGAACAGUACCAACUUACCCCACGGCCACUCCACCACGAGAGUAUAGCUCCACUGAGACUGGAAGGCACCAGAUUUCUUAUGGAUCAGCAACUAACCUUGCAAGGCAUAUGAUAAGAUAAAAGUGUGUGAAGCACAGACUCACAAGAUGUUAUUUUGCUACCAUGCCUUCUUAUAAAGUAUAUACAGUAUAUAUUGAUCACAAAGUCAUGAAAAUAUUAAAAGUGAAUGUUACUAUAGUAAUAACUCUGUUUGGAGCUAAGCUUCAUGAAAGAGUUUCAAGAAAUUUUACCAAAAGACAUGGUGACAAGGGGAUGACUGUUAAUAUUCUUACAACACAAAAUGAAGAGUUUGAGUGGGACACACAAGUGUUUUGUGCUAUACAUACACUAUAGGAAGACAGUGGUGGAAGGGGUUGUUGAAAAGCAGCAAUCGAACAUUUGGAACAUCAUCUGUUAAUGAUCCAUGCAUCAGACACCUGACCUGACUGGCACAGAAUUCUACACCCCAGCCUGAAAUGUAUUUAUGGAAACUUUGUAAAAAAAAAAAAAAAUUAAAAAGAAAGAAAGAAAGAAAAAAGGUAUAUAGUUGUGCGUGGAAAUUUUAAAUUUCAUAAAGAAAAAAAUACAUUAAAAGAGCUCCUAUUAUUAUUCUUUUGGCUGAGAUACUUUUGGUUUUUCUAGCUUGUGCUUUCUGUUUAGGUGCGUGUAAAUAUAACUGAACAUUAUUCAUUGUUUUUCUGAUUACAACCUGUGUUUCAUUGUUUUUUUCACAGAACAACCAAAAUGCAAACACAAUCCCAUCUUUGGAGAGUUACACACACUGCGUUUGCAGGUCAUCACAUACGCUACCGUCUUGUGUGUUGCUUUGUUUCCUCUCUUUAGACAGUGCUUGUCCAGAAGAGCUUUACUCUACAUUUUCAGACAUAUCUCCUGUCUGAGAAUGAGGAGUGACUUGAUCCGAUCACCUACUGUCACCUAAUGUAACGCUUCUGAUCAUUUUCUUUGUGGGCUUUUUCUGUCUUGCAAUCUCAGCACUGCCUGCUUACAAUGUGACCAGCAAUGUAUUAUUUAGAAAUAAAAAAGGCAGUGAAUAUUUUGUAUCAAUAUUAGUUGGAUAUGUUUGUAAAGAAAUAUAUGUUAGAUAUUUCAGAUUGUCAUAUGCUAGCAAUAUGUAAAGUACUGUCCCAGGCUUGUGAUAUUAUGGGCUACAUAAGCAAGUGAAUGAGUUUAAAUAUUAAUAGUACUAAUUAUUAUAAAAUUACAAAAAAAGUAACCAUUAACUCUCUUUCCGUUUUGCAUCCUAAAAAAUGGAACAUCCAGAAGAGUUUAAGCUACAUUUGUAAAUUCUAUAAAAAUAUAUUCUUGCCAUUUGGUCCCUAAACCAGUUAAGAUAACAAGGGUUUUAAUAGAGCAUAAAAAUCCCUAGUUUGUCUUAUAUUAGUUUGCAGUUUUGCCUUAAGUGAUAAUAGAGAUAUUUCUGGCUGGACACCUGUAUAAACUUUUUCUGCAACAUUUUUAAUAAAACAUCACAGUAUUUUCUAAAAAAAAAAAAAAGAAAAGAAAAAAGAAACUAGAAGGUUUGAUUGGAUUUAACUGGAUUUUUGUGUUUUCAAAUGUGAUUGGAUGUUUGUGUAUGUAAGUCUGAUUUAGUUUGCUGUAAAUUCUCAACUGCAGUGAGAAUCACCACUCUGACGUUCUUUCGAUCGCUGUUCAGUUACUGUCAAUGAAACAACACUUCCUGCACGGAUUUUAAUGUGAAUCCAC